GACGCCCAAGGUGGGCAAGAGAGGAAAAGCAGGUCCUGGAGGGAGAGGCGGGAAGAAACGUGCCGCUGGGAAAAAGAUGGCAGCCGUGGGAGCCCCUGAGGCAGGGAGCGGGCCAGCACCACCCGGGCCCAGCCAGCCGCCGAGCCAGGAGCUUCCUCCAUGCAAAGUGCCUGUGAAGGAGGAGCCAGUGGGCGAGCCCGACCCACUGAGCCAGGAGACCCAGCUGGAGGAUCCACUGAGCCAGGAGACCCAGCUGGAGGAGCCACUGAGUGACGUGAUGACCGUCUCCACCUCGUCGGAGCCACUGAGUGACGUGAUGACCUUUGAGUUGAGCAAGAUGGCGCCAAAGAAGAGAGCCUCGGUACCGCCGGCCAAGGCCGGGGAGACGCGAAAGAGGAAGUCCUCUUCUGAGACGCCCAAGGUGGGCAAGAGAGGAAAAGUAGGUCCUGGAGGGAGAGGCGGGAAGAAACGUGCCGCUGGGAAAAAGAUGGCAGCCGUGGGAGCCCCUGAGGCAGGGAGCGGGCCAGCACCACCCGGGCCCAGCCAGCCGCCGAGCCAGGAGCUUCCUCCAUGCAAAGUGCCUGUGAAGGAGGAGCCAGUGGGCAAGCCCGACCCACUGAGCCAGGAGACCCAGCUGGAGGAGCCACUGUGCCAGGAGACCCAGCUGGAGGAGCCACUGAGUGACGUGAUGACCGUCUCCACCUCGUCGGAGCCACUGAGUGACGUGAUGACCGUCUCCACCUCGUCGGAUCUACCGAGUGACGUGAUGACCGUCUCCGCCUCGUCCCUCAGCAGCGACUAAGUUCAGGCCCAGCUGCCAGGAGACUCGGAGAUCUCACCAGCGCAGGGGGCGCCCCCAUGCUGAUGUCAAUAAAUCCAAUGUGUUGCA